AUGAAGCUUAGUUUUAGGGGGUUGAGAUAUAUUGGAUAUGGUGUAUAUAAUGACUUGCGAAGCAGGCUACCCUACUACAAAUCUGAUUUUACAGAUGCAUGGAACUAUAGGGUGAUACCCUCCACUACAUUUAUAUUUUUUACUAAUUUGUUACCUGCAAUAGCUUUUGCUCAGGAUAUGUUUGAUAAGACACAAAAUAGAUAUGGAUUAAAUGAGGUUUUAAUGAGUUCGGCAAUGGCAGGAGUUGCAUUUGGGUUAUUUUCGGGUCAGCCGUUAUGUAUGGUAGGAGUUACGGGACCAAUUUCGAUUUUCAGCUAUACAGUUUAUGAAUUAAUGGAGCCAAGAGGAACGCCAUAUUUUCCUUUCAUGUGCUGGAUAUACCUCUGGUCUAUGGUGAUGCACUUUGUCAUAUCUUUUGGGAAUUUAAUUUCUUACUUGAAGAUCAUCAGUCUGUUUUCGUGCGAUGUAUUCGGGUUCUUUAUCAAUGUUGUUUACCUUCAAAAGGGGAUUCAAAUUUUGAACAACCAAUUUAGAAACGUCAGUAUUGAGAGUGGUUAUUGCUCUGUAAUGAUCAGUUUGCUAAUGGUCAUCUUUGGAGUAGGGAGUUUUAUUUUCGGGAGCUCAUUGCAUUAUUUUAAAGGCUGGAUUAGAAAAAUAUUCACCGAUUAUGGAGUUCCUGCAAGUAUUAUAUUUUUCACUGGCUUUAUUCAUUUUGGUGGAAGUUUAAAAGACACUGAAUUGGAGAGGUUGCCUAUUACGCAAUCAUUCCAACCCACCUUUCAUGGAGAAGAAAGAGCACAUGGCUGGUUCAUUCAUUUCUGGCCUCCUCAUAUAGCUGUUGCAGAUAUAUUUUUGGCAAUACCAUUUGCUAUAUUGUUGACUUUCUUGUUUUACUUUGACCAUAAUGUCUCGUCGCUUAUGUGUCAGCUGAAAGAAUUUCCAUUGGAAAAGCCUUCUUCAUUCCAUUGGGACUUUACAUUACUUGGUAUAACUACAGGAAUAGCUGGAAUAAUGGGCCUUCCUGCUCCAAAUGGUCUUAUACCGCAAGCCCCUCUUCACACACAAUCGUUGGUUAUUCAUAAUCUCCAGACAGGAGAAGUACUAUCAGUUGUUGAGCAGAGAGUAACAAAUACAGCUCAAGGCAUUCUAACAUUUGUAAUGAUGAGUAGACCAUUUUUGGUUGUUCUAGGAUUAAUUCCUCAAGCAUUGCUAGCUGGAUUGUUCUUUGUCAUGGGAAUUACAGGUUUACAUGGAAACAUCAUCACAAACAGAAUCAGAUAUAUCUUUAUGGACUCUGAGUAUAUUCAAAAUGACCCUACAUGUCCUCAAGUGUUUAGAGAUAUUGAUAAAAUACCCAACAAGAAAUGGUUUUAUGUUUACUUGGUUCUCCAAUUAAUUGCAUUUGGUUUUGAAUUCGGUAUAACGUUGACCAAAGGGGCUAUAGGCUUUCCGGGGGUGCUUAUGUUCUUUGCCAUAUGCGCUGAAUGGGUAUGGCCUUUAAUUAUUCCAAGAAAAGAUUUGGAUAAUUUGGAUUCUGAAGUGGCGGACGAAUUUAUCAUCAGAAAUUUACAAAUUGUUGAUGAGCUUAAGCUGAGCAAUAAGUCUUCAAAGAGUUUUGAACAUUCUGAUUAUGAUACUUUCGGGGGAGGAAUACAGGAAUAUGAAUUGAACUAUCGUACCCCUAACAGUGAGAACAUUUAG